AUGGUGACAGGAGAAGAUUUAUACAACGUCAUGUGUGCAAUGGUGCCUCUAUAUUUCGCAAUGCUAGUUGCUUACGGUUCUGUAAAAUGCUGCAGAAUGUUCACACCAGAGCAAUGUUCCGGCAUAAACCGAUUUGUGGCGGUUUUUGCCGUGCCGGUUUUGUCUUUUCAUUUUAUUUCUCUCAAUAAUCCUUACCAAAUGGACACUAAAUUUAUAUUGGCGGAUACAGUUUCUAAGGUUCUUGUUCUCUUUUUUCUUUCUGUUUGGGGUAUUUUCUUUGCUAGAGGCUCUUUGGAUUGGGUUAUCACUUUGUUCUCGGUUGCCACCUUGCCUAAUACUCUUGUUAUGGGAAUUCCUCUACUUCAAGCUAUGUAUGGUGAUUUUACAGAAACUCUCAUGGUGCAACUUGUUGUUUUUCAAUGCAUCAUAUGGUAUACGGUGCUACUAUUUCUACUGGAAUACAGAGCAGCAAAACUCUUAAUCAAAACCGAGUUCCCGGGAAACAAAGCAUCCUCCAUAACAAAAUUCGAACUCGACGGCGACGUAAUUUCCCUCUACGGCCAAGACGCGCCGCUCCAGGCCCUAUCAGAAACCGACGAAAACGGCCGCAUUAAGGUCCGAAUCCGUCGAUCCACUUCAUCAGCUGCAGCAGAAUCAACCUCAUCAAUAACUACCGGGAUAACUCCAACACGGCUCUCCAAUCUCUCCAACGCCGACAUCUUCUCCAUCAACACGCCGCUGAAUUUUCUCGAUAAUCCGAGUGCGAGUCCGCGGUUCUCCGGUUACGCUUCUACUGAUGCUUAUUCGCUGCAGCCGACUCCGCGGGCGUCGAAUGUUAAUGAAACGGAGAUAUGUGGAACGCCGGUAGUGGGGAGGUCGCCGGUGGGUGGUGGGAGGGGGUUGAGGGGGAACUCGCCAGUGGUGGAGGGAGGUAGGAUGGUUUGGGAAUCGCCUGAGAAAUGGCAGGGAGAAGAGAGACAGAGAUGCAAGGACAUUACUAUGUCAGAUAAGGAAAUUAGCUUCAGAGAUAGCCUCAAAGUCUCAAUGGCAGGAGAAGCUGUGGACCCAAAAGACCAAAUUUCCAGUAGCCAGAAAAUGCCAUAUGCCUUUGUAAUGUUAAGGCUUAUAUUCAUUGUUGUUGGAAGAAAACUUUCUCGAAAUCCUAAUACAUAUUCUAGUGUAUUAGGACUUCUUUGGUCUCUAAUCUCCUUCAAAUGGAAUAUAGAAAUGCCGAGUUUGAUCAAAUCGUCUAUCAAAAUCAUAUCUGAUGCAGGUCUUGGGAUGGCAAUGUUUAGCUUAGGGCUUUUCAUGGCUCUUCAGCCUCGUAUCAUUGCUUGUGGUACAAGAAAAGCAGCCAUGGGAAUGGCCAUUCGAUUCCUAUUUGGACCUCUUGUAAUGUCAUUAUCUUCCAUUGCGAUUGGAUUGAGAGGAAAAAAACUGCAUACUGCCAUUGUACAGGCUGCUCUUCCACAAGGGAUAGUGCCAUUUGUAUUUGCAAGGGAAUAUGGGCUUCAUCCUGAUAUUUUGAGCACAGGGGUAAUCUUUGGCAUGCUAAUUUCCUUGCCAAUAACUCUCAUUUACUACAUAUUUCUUGGCUUGUGA